AACCACACGGUGAUCUUGCGGGUCAAGGGAAGAUUCUGUUCCAAAAGCCAAGAUGGAAAAACACCGUUUUCCGUCUAUUUCUGCUCACUACAUAUAAGCAGGCACACACCCGGUCGAAAAUAAAUAUCGAUAUUGCCCGACCCAGAAAAAGCAGAGAAUCUGGAGAUAAUGCGCUUAUAGGAAAGACAUAUGUUUUUUUCCCUGUUUUUGUAGUGAGAAUCAGAAGCCUUGGGGGCCUCGGUGAGAUUGAAAAGAUGAAGAAGUCUGUGGCACAAAUUGGGGUACGAUGGGAUUCGUGGAUCGAUCGAUUGAAUUCCCGGGUGGCCAAAAGCCCAGUCGGGAGAUAUUUCAAGCUGGAGGCCAGAGGAUCCUGUUUUACCAGAGAGUUCAGGGCCGGAACGGCCACUUUUCUCACCAUGGCCUAUAUUUUGGCUGUGAAUGCCAGCAUUCUGACCGACUCCGGCGGACCGUGCACGGUUGAUGACUGCACGCAGGUUUGUAAUGUGGCGUCUGUUGCUGUGGCGAACUGCACGGGUCGGUCUGCUAAUGGGACGCUUCUUAGCCUGGUUACUCCGGGUCCCGAGUGCAAAUUUAGCCCAGUUAAUCCAGGGUACACAAAUUGCCUGGAGCGAACCAGAAAAGACCUGAUAGUGGCCACAGUAGCCUCAUCCCUGAUCGGAUGCUUCGUGAUGGGCAUGUUUGCGAACCUCCCAUUAGCCCUUGCACCAGGCAUGGGCACAAACGCCUACUUCGCCUACACAGUGGUGGGCUACCAUGGAUCCGGUUCAAUCCCCUACAAGAGCGCCCUGGCAGCGGUUUUCAUAGAAGGGAUCCUCUUCCUACUCAUAGCUGCUCUGGGUCUGCGCACAAAAUUAGCCAAGCUGGUGCCGAAGCCGGUUCGAAUCUCUUCGUCGGCGGGCAUCGGGCUCUUCUUAGCCUUCAUAGGCAUGCAAAACAACGAAGGAAUUGGGCUGGUGGGCUACAGCUCCUCCACCCUGGUGACUCUAGGUGCCUGCCCAGACAAAUACAGAGCGUCCCUUGCACCAGUCGAAACCGUCAAUGGAACCACGGUGCUCAUGCCGGGUGGAACAGUGUCGGGCGACAUUUUCUGCCUGAAAGGCAGAAUGGAAAGCGCGACUUUCUGGCUGGGCAUAGUGGGCUUCGUUAUCAUCGCCUACAGUCUAGUACGAAACAUCAAGGGCGCCAUGAUAUACGGCAUAGUGUUCGUCACGGGUGUGUCCUGGUUCAGAAACACCGACGUCACGUUUUUCCCCGACACCUCCACAGGUCGGGAGAAUUUCAAAUACUUCAAGAAGGUAGUCGACGUGCACAAGAUUACAGGCACGGCAGGUGCUCUGUCGUUCAAGGAUUUCCAUCGAGGACAGCUCUGGGAAGCUCUGGUUACCUUCCUGUACGUCGACCUGCUCGACACGACCGGGACACUCUAUUCAAUGGCCAAAUUCGCCGGUUUUGUCGACGCCAAAGGGGAUUUCGAGGGCCAGUAUUUUGCCUUCAUGAGCGACGCCUUUUCCAUCGUUAUAGGCGCCCUUUUGGGCACUUCACCCGUCACAACCUUCAUUGAAUCCUCCACGGGUAUCAGAGAAGGCGGGCGGACAGGUCUGACGGCUCUGACAGUCUCGUUUUACUUCUUCCUUGCGUUUUUCUUCACGCCCCUGCUUGCUUCCAUACCGCCGUGGGCGGUCGGUCCGCCAUUGAUUCUGGUCGGCGUUUUGAUGAUGAAGGCUGUUCUGGAAAUCGACUGGGAGAAUAUGCGGGAGGCCAUUCCGGCCUUCAUUACGCUCAUUGUCAUGCCCUUAACUUAUUCCAUUGCCUACGGUCUUAUCGGUGGAAUUGGGACUUACAUGGUGCUUCAUGCCGGAGAUUGGGCUCUAGAUGGCUACCGGACUCUCACAGGUCGAAAGCCACCACCCGCUGAUCCGGUGACUGAACCAGACACCCACAUCAGAGACGUCGAAAUGAAUGGGAACGGCAAUGUCACCAGCGUUGCUUGACUGACUGUACUGGACAGGACUGAACUGAACUAAACUGAACUGAACUGAACUGAACUGAACUGACUGGUCGGAAUUUGGGCUCUUCUGUUUUAUUCGUGCAGAUAUUCUUUUGUCAUCUGCGAUGAUUUGUAUUAUGCCUGAUUUAGAGAAAGAUUUUAAUGAAGUGGAGUAGAGUUUUUGUUCCAUAGGUUGACUUAGGAAGUAACAGAGCUUUGUAUAUUCCUUCUCUCUUUUUUAAUGGAAGAUCUACAUUUUUCAGCUUUUAUAA